GACUUCAUGUGCAUGAAUCAGAAAUCGAUUUGGUGCAGAGCGGCGCACGGAACUCUCCAUGCUUCCCGCAAUUCCACUCGUAUAAAUACCCCAACCUCCCCCCCCGAUCUCCAAAUCGAUUCGGCAAGCCGGAAUCAUGAACGCCGGAAGCGUAUCCCAGUCGGCGCUCUUGCAGCGGAAACUCUCGCCGCCGGGGAUUAAAACCCUAGCAAAUCUCUCGGUGAAUCAUGUCCUCUCCAGAGUCUAUUUUCCCUCACACAAGCCAUCUUGCAGCCAUGUCUCGUGUUUGCUGAGUGCUGGAGUUAGGAGAAUGCCCCUGGCCGUGUCUGACAACACCGCGGCGUCCUCUGCCGCCGUGACCGAGGAGAAGGUGACGAGUCCGAUUGUGGUUAUCGACAAUUACGAUAGCUUCACCUACAAUCUGUGCCAGUAUAUGGGAGAGCUUGGUUGUAACUUUGAGGUUUACCGAAAUGACGAGCUUACUGUCGAUGAGCUGAAGAAAAAAAACCCAAGAGGAGUGCUUAUAUCCCCUGGACCAGGUGCACCCCAAGAUUCUGGAAUAUCGUUGCAAACUGUAUUGGAACUUGGACCUACCACACCUUUGUUUGGUGUGUGCAUGGGACUCCAGUGUAUCGGGGAGGCUUUUGGAGGGAAAAUUAUACGCGCUCCUUAUGGUGUUGUGCAUGGAAAAAGUUCCCUUGUGUAUUAUAAUGAGGGGGAAGAAGAUGGCUUGUUUGCUGGGUUACCAAAGUAGGGUAUUUUCUCUUCAUAAAGUUGGU